AUGCGUCCAAACCUUCUACCAGGUUACAGGUUUUGCCCUUCUGAUCAAGAGUUGAUAAUUCAUUAUCUUGACAAGAAAGUCAAGAAUGAGGCUGUCGUCUAUACUUUUGCUGUCAAUGAUUUUGAUCUUUAUAGCAAGCAUCCUUGGGAGAUCUGGGACAUGUUUGGUGGAAACAAUUUGGUUUCUGAGUUCGAUAAGGAUCAAGGCCUGUUUUUCUUUACUCAACUGAGGAAGAGGAGUGGUAAGGAUUCAAGAUUUUGUAGGUCUUUUGGAGAUGGAACUUGGCAUGGAGAGGAUGCUGGUGCUCUGAUUAAAACCGCCGACACAAAACUAUCUAUUGGGUUGAAGAAACGAUUUACCUAUAAGAAUUCGAAAUCCCCUCAUGGUAGAAAGUGGAUUAUGUACGAGUUCAGUCUUGUUGGACAUUCAACAGAUUAUGUGUUGUGUCAAUUAAAAAAGAAUGACAAGGAUAAGAAAUUGUCAGAAUCUGAGACCGCAAUUGGUCUCCCAGAACAUAAAAACAAGAAGAGGAAAUCGGAAGCAAGUACUAGGAGGAAAAAUCCACGAUCAAAGAAGCCAAAACCUUCUUCUUCUAAUGCCCUUGAAUUUGGGGUUUCAAAAUCUCAUUGGGCUAACUCUGAAUUAAUAGCAGCAAAUCCUAUUAUUAUAGAAUUGACUGGAGAUGAUGUGGCUGAUGAGAUUUGUUACUUGGAGGAAUCUGAGAAGGCUUCCACGACUGAAAAUAAUGUAAUUAUCUCUUAUGCAGCUAAAGGAGAACUUUCUGGUGUUCAUGGGUUUACUGACUACAGGAGACUUGCACCAUCACCAGUACUGCUACCAAGUACUGAUUGCGAGGAUUGUGAGGAGCAGCAUGGGGUUGACAAACUUGUAGGAGAAACACAAUCACAGAGCGAGGUUGGUGGGGUUUUGUCUAAUUUGAUGCAUGAGAUAGAAGAGACUGAAAUAGGCUCGUUUGAAGAGUUCUGGAGCAUACCUGAUGAUCGGGAAGUUGCUGGUUUGAUUAUGGAGUUACGCCGGCCGAUAUAA